UUUCUCAUCAUUUUCUGGUUUGGAUCAUUAACAGCCAUGAAGGUUAGGGCAUCAGUGAAGAAAAUGUGCGAGUUCUGUCGCACAGUCAAGCGGCGCGGGCGGGUAUAUGUGCUAUGCACAUCUAAUCCCAAGCACAAACAAAGACAAGGCUAUUCAACGUUUGCUUCUGAAGGCCUCAUAUCAACCACGCCUGUGAUGACGAGGGUCAAGCAGGAUACUUCAGUUACCGAGGGCAUCCGCUCUCUCGUUCCUGGUAAGAUUGAGGCAACUGUGACACCAUGGUGGAAAAGGGGUCCAGUUUCCUUUUUAUUCAAGGAAGGACAGUAAGCAGUAGAAGUUUUGUUGCAAA